GCACGGCUUUCGAUAGAUCUAAAGCCGUGUAGAGAAGAUAGAAGAUCGUCUAUACAUCGUGAUCACAAAUCACUGACCAAGAUAUAUAUAAUUUAUAAAAACCUAACUUCGAAAUGUUUAAGAAAUAUAAACUAAUUAUUUCUCGGUAAGAGUAUUGAUUUUUCGACCCCCUUCUUAGGAAUUAAAAAUACUCCCAGCGGUCCCUUCUAUAGGAUUCGUCGAUAAAAAGCGUGGGUUGUGGGUAGUUAAAUUGUACACAUUGAAAUUUCGAGAUUUUAGUGAUUUUACGUAAUAUUUCCGACCCCCUCGAAUUGGGAACAUCUCGAGAUAGAUAAAAAUUCCACAAAUUUUGAUGUAGUUAUCGAUGUUUUCAUUAUUAUUGCCACGCGUGGGCUAUCGGAUCAUGUUAUCAUCAUUGUAUUUACUGUUGAUAAGUGAAUAUUUAAACUUUUUAACAUUAAGCCAUAAGCAGUAAGCACCACCCGUCGACCCAGACUCUCGGGCUUUUGAUUUUGGACGUAUACGUCGCUGACUAGUCCCAGGUAAAAUGGGUAAGUCGUCCAAAGACAAGCGUGACAUAUACUACCGGCUGGCCAAGGAACAGGGCUGGCGGGCCCGGAGUGCGUUCAAGCUGAUCCAGAUCGACGGGCAGUUCAACGUAUUAGACGGCGUCAGCCGAGUGGUGGAUCUGUGUGCGGCCCCGGGGAGCUGGAGCCAGGUGCUGAGCAAGGCGCUGUACUCGGACCGCGACUCUAACGAUGACGUGAAGAUCGUCGCGGUCGACCUGCAGUCAAUGGCCCCGCUGCCCGGCGUCACGCAGCUGAAGGGCGACAUCACUAAGGAGAGCACCGCCAAAGAAAUACUCGCCCAGUUCGACGGCGGCCAGCUGGUGGACCUGGUCGUGUUUGACGGCGCGCCGGACGUCACCGGACUCCACGACCUGGACGAGUAUGUGCAGGCGCAACUGCUGUUGGCCGCCAUGAACAUCACCACUUACCUGCUCAAGCCGGGCGGCACGUUCAUUGGGAAGAUAUUCCGCGGCAAGGACUCUUCGCUGCUCAUUGCCCAGCUCGAGAUAUUCUUUGGCGACGUGGUCGUCGCCAAGCCGUGUAGCUCGCGCAAUUCUAGCAUCGAGUCGUUCGUCGUGUGCCGAAACUUCAAGCUGCCCAACGACUACACGCCCACCAUGGCCAACCCGCUGAUGACCAACGACUCGCGGCCCUGGGACGAGAUGGACGUGCAUCCAGUCAUCACACCGUUUGUGGCCUGCGGUAGUUUGAGCGGCUUUGACGCUGACAAGACAUACCCUUUAGAAAUUGAUGGCUUGCAGUACACGCAGAGGAAUCCUGUACAAGGGCCGAUAGCACCACCGUAUGAGAAAUCAAAGCCAUUGAUAACUACAAAGGGAAUGAGUGUUGUCCAGACACCUAUUGACCAAGCCAUCACCUGCACUGAAAAACUGACGUUGGAUUAAUUUUUAUGUCACCAUAAAAAUAUAUAUAUAUAUAUAUAUAUUCUUUAUUAAAUAUCAAUGUUUAUGAUUUGCAAUAUAUCUACUCAUGUAUUUUGUACCUACUUUUAAUAUUAUUGUUUACUUGUGUUAAUUUCUACAACUUACAAUAAAAACAUACAACUACAUUGUAUUAGUUAAAAAAACAAUUUUAAAAUUUGACCCAUAUAAUGAUUGUAAUUUACAAAAGUAAGCUAAUUACUUAUAAAUUAUUAUUAGGUAUAUUAUAUACCGCAUAUACUGUUAACCUUAUAACUUAUAACCAUAAAAUUUUUGUUACAUAGAAUUCAUUAAUAAUAAUGUUCCUAAUAUAUUUAUAUUAAUUAAUUUACUUUUUAACUAUCAAAAGUUGUUUAAUUGAAUAAGUUUGAAAAGUUUACUCUGUGAGUGUGCUAAAUUCUUGUUUUCUAAAUGUAUUUUAAUACAACACAAACUAUGAUUCUAUACAGAAUUUAAAAAUAAUUUAGUAACCUUUAUGUUUUGGUAUUUAUUUUUAACUUGCGUUAGUAUUAAUCUAUAUUAAAUGUUGAUACUUUCAUAUUUUUAUUGUUGGUUAGUAUGAAUUUAAUUUAAACAGAACCAUUAUAAAAUUAUUUAUUUAUUUAACUAUAAUAAUAAAAUAUAAUAUGAAUG